CUGAGAGCGAGAGAGAGCCCCAGCCAGGCCAGGCAGAGAGAGUAUGCAUUAUAUGUGUAUGUGUGUGUACAUAUAGAUAGAUAGAUAGAUAUUGCUCGAGCAUGCUUGCUUGGCGAGGAUGAUGAUGUAGUAGAAGAAGAAGAUGAUGAUGGGUAAUGCUUUCCUUCCGUCGGUGGUAGUUGGGUAGUGAGACUUGCCCUGCGUUGCUCCAUAACACAACCUACCAUUUCCUGGUUCGCUUUCCCGCCCCCAUUGUUGUUAUUGUUAUUGCAACUUUGUCCACUGUUCACGCAGGGCACCGCGCCGCCCGUCGCAAUGGUGGGUGGAGGAUCUCCCUGGUCUAGAGCCGGUAGCAUGUCAUUCCGCCUUUCCAAUCUGCUGGGCCCUUCAUCGUUUGGUGGAACCCCUCAUGCUUCGCAGGGGGACACUGGGUUUGGUGAUAAUGGAGGAGUAUCCCAGCCUAAGAAACAAUUGCGAUUUCCUCUCAAGGCCGCAGUCACCGCUAGUGUGUUGGCCACCACUGGAGACACUAUAGCGCAGCUCGUUGCUCGCUACAAGCGGCGCAAGGUGCUGGAGGAACAGCAGAGAGUUGCGGAGGAUGUGGCUGGCGGACUUACAAUUGGAAAUCAGGCUACAGGCAGCGUGAAUCUUUGGGAUCAUGAUUGGCAAAGAGCGGCCCGCAUGGCAAGUUAUGGGUUUCUGAUAUAUGGGCCAUUAUCACAGGUGUGGUAUGAGGUUCUUGAUCACUUCAUGCCAGUCAAGAAUUUGACAAAUCUCUCACUCAAGGUCGUCGCCAAUCAGGUGAUAUUGGGUCCUAUUGUUAUCACACUUGUCUUCGCAUGGAACAAACUUUGGGAAGGCCGUCUUGAGCAGCUUCCUACCCUCUACCGCACUCGUGCUCUUCAAACUCUUCUUGAUGGUUGGAAGUUCUGGAUACCAGCAAGUGUACUCAAUUUCGGUGUGGUUCCGCUACAGGCUCGAGUGGCGUUCAUGUCAUCCUGUUCCAUCUUUUGGAAUUUUUACCUUUCAACUACCAUGACUGCUGGCAAGGGAAAGACUCUACCUACGAGCAAGUCAGAAUAGAUCAUAAUCCCAUCGCCUCACGAACUACGAGAGGAGCUUCGAUUGUGGCUUCAGAGUCAAUUUCAAAAGAAUUCUGUGUUUUGAAAUGGCAUAAACAGCAUACCAUUGUUUUGUGACUCUUAGCAUGGUCAUUUGAUGGAACAAUCUGAUUGUCAGAUUUUAUCUUAAAGUCUUUUAUGAGUUUUGAUUUUCAUGUAAUAGUUUAGCUUGAAUAACUAUAAUUAUUUAAUAAAAAUGUAUUUAUUUUCA